CUGAUCGCCCCGUUUCAUCACCCACAAUGUCCGCAAGCGUCGACGAUCCUCUCUUCCUCGGCCUCGACCUCUCCACCCAGGGUCUGAAGGCAGUCCUCAUUGACGAGGAAGGCGCGCCAGUGCACGAGUCUGCUGUGCACUUCGACCGCGAUCUUCCUUCCUACGGCACCACGAAUGGUGCUAUCCGCGGGCCCGGCGCGGGCGAGGUGACCUCGCCAGUAUGCAUGUGGCUCGACGCGUACGACCUCAUCAUGGAGCGCAUGCGCGCAGCCGGCGUCGACUUCUCUCGUAUCGUCGGUAUCUCCGGCGACGGCCAGCAACACGGCUCGGUGUACUGGUCAUCGGCUGCCGAGGAGCUUCUGGCUUCACUUGACUCUACGCGUCCCCUCUCUGAGCAGCUUGCCCCCGCUGCAUUCUCUAUCCAACGCGCCCCCAUCUGGCAGGAUUCUUCCACCACACGAGAGUGCCGCGAACUCGAGGAUGCCGUCGGAGGCGCGCAAGCCCUUGCGGACCUCACCGGCAGCAGGGCGUACGAACGCUUUACCGGAACACAGAUUGCCAAGAUCCGCCGAACAGACCCGGAGGCAUAUCAUGCAACGGCCCGGGUCUCGCUCGUGUCGUCAUUCAUGCCUUCGCUGUUCCUCGGCUCUAUCGCACCCAUUGAAGUGUCGGAUGCGAGCGGCAUGAACCUCAUGAAUGUUCUCACUUGCGAGUGGGACGACCGCCUGCUCGAAGCUGCAGGCGGCCCGGAGCUGCGUGCCAAGAUUGGACCUGAGCCUGCCCCUGGCGGCACGUUCCUGGGCAAGAUCAGCCCGUACUGGGUGCAGCGCUGGGGCUUCAAUGAAGACUGCAGCAUUGCGCCGUUUACCGGUGACAACCCCGCCACGGUCGUCGCGCUCUCCACACCAGGUGAUGCGAUCCUGUCCCUGGGCACCUCCACGACUCUCCUACUCUCCAUCCCUCCGGCCGAGACCGCGCCGAAACGGUUCACGACUUCCCACCUGCUCUCACACCCGACUACCUCCGAUGCCCACAUUGCGAUGCUGUGCUACAAGAACGGCGCGCUCGCACGCGAACAAGUGCGCGACCAGCACGCGAGCGGGCACUGGACGCGCUUCAACGAGCUCGUCGAGGCACGGCCCGUCGGCAACGACGGCCUCAUGGGCUUCUACUUCCCCCUCCCCGAGAUCAUCCCUCCCAACGUCCAAGGCAACCACUUCUUCUCCACCUCGCCCUCCGUCGCCGCCAUCACCGAGUCCGAAAUGCCAGAGGACGCACACCCCCGCGCGAUCCUCGAGUCGCAGUUCCUCUCCAUCCGCUCACGCAUCACCGCGAUCCUCCCGCCGGACGCCCCGCCCCUGCAGCGGCUCGUGCUCAGCGGCGGCUCGUCCGCGAACCCCGUCAUCCAGCAGGCGGCGGCGGACGUGUUCGGCAUGCGCGUGUUCAUCGCGGGCAAGGAGGGUGCCGCGGAGGGCGGCGCGCAGCUCGCGCGCUACGCGUGGUGGCGCGAGCAGAACGGCGGCGCGGGCACGUUUGAGGAGAUGCGCGCGAUGGACGGCGUGGGCGAGGCGCAGCGCACGCGGUGUGUGGCCGAGCCGAAGCCGGAGCGCGAGCGUGUGUAUGCGGGCUUGGUGGAGACAUACCGGGCGUGCGAGGACGCGGUCGUGCGCGCGUGCGCGGCGGCGGUGGAGGCGUGAGGCGGAUAAAGGUGCUUUCUGGUCAUUCCGCUCGGACGCUCCCUUCAUGAAGGCUGAAGAUCGUGACAUGCUGCUACUGACAUAGACAUACCUAGAUAUUGUGAUUCCCCGGGCUACAGUGUCGAGAAACAUGUACACAUACCAGAUUAACAUACUAACCCAAUAUCCACAAGUAUUUCAGGAGGACGAUUCACUAUUGAUGUGUAGGCUUGCCAAAGUAGUGGAAGGCUUUCUGGGUGCGCGAAUAGCGGGCUAGCGCUGCUGCCCUGGGAGCGUUUGAACUGGGCCCACUCUUUGGAAGACCUCCUGGAUGUUCGCCGCACGGAAGCACGAAACAAGAAGGGCUUGAAUGACACGACCUAGUUAUGAGACACGAUGUGCACAUCUUAGAUAGAUAGAUAU